AACAAACAUAGUUCCAUUUUACAAGUUUUUAUCCCUUCAAAAUUAAGUUAAAUAUUUCUGUUUUCUUCCUUCCCUACAACUUGUAGGGACCUAUGAUCUAACCAAGUCUCGUUCCUAAUGUUUUAUGACCUUUUAGUGAUAUAGAAAUAAAGAUCUCAUCUUAUACAUCCAACAAUCGAACUCUAAUUAUUUUCAAUCCUCAAAAUAGUAAAUACGAUUGAAGAAGCUAAUAUUUUGUUAUUUCCUUCUAAUCUGGUCCACAAUAGACUUUGUUUUUUAGCUGCUUAUAUAAACUUGUGUUUUACAUUACCACUGCCUUUUUCAGAUAUGAUGAUGCCUCUUUUGCUUAGAGAGAGAGAGAGAUGAACAUUUAUAUUGAAGUUUUGUUGAUUCUUGAGCACUAAUUUCAUACUCCAAAUCAUUAGUCUUUGCCAUUAUCCAUUCUAGUCAACUCUCUCUCUCUCUCUCCUCCUCUUGGCUGCAAUUACAAUCUACAGUUCCACAGCACCUACCAGCUAUCUCUCUCCCUCUCCCCACACACCGCGCAAGCAAAGCAAGCAACCCAUAACCAUAUAUGCUGGAACUCAACAUCACUCAGUAAUUGAAGGAAUCGCGAUGGGUUAUCUCUCAUGUAAAGCGGAAUCAUCCAUCUCCAUCACCGAUUCCCACCUUGCUUCAGCAACAUCCUCCCCUUACGCCUCAGUAAAGGAAAAACCCAUCAAAAUCCAAGAAUUCAACUACAAAGAUCUCGAAUUGGCCACUAACAACUUCUCCGCGGCGAAGCUGCUGGGCAGGGGUAGCCACGGCCUCGUCUACAAAGGCGUCCUCCGCGGCGGCCGCCUCGUCGCCAUCAAGAAGCCCUCCAGAGCCGCCGCUCCGAUUUCCGAAAACCCUUCGGAAUUCGACAACGAAAUCGACAUCUUGUCGAAGCUGCAGAGCCCGAGAUUAGUCAAUCUUGUUGGCUUCACCAAAAACGGCUCCCAAGAUCGGCUCUUGGUGGUGGAGUUCAUGAGCAACGGUACACUUUAUGAUGUUUUGCAUUCCAAUUCACGGCCUCCCACUUGGGGGAGGAGGAUAAAACUGGCUUUGCAGAUCGCAAAAGCUGUCGAUGUGUUGCAUUCUUUGAAUCCGCCUGUAAUUCAUAGAGAUAUUAAAUCUGCUAAUGUUUUGAUUGAUAGAAACUUCAAUGCGAGAUUGGGGGAUUUCGGGCUGGCUUUGAGGUGUGUGGAUGAUUCUAGGUUAAAAUCAACUCCACCUGCAGGGACAAUGGGGUAUUUGGAUCCUGGCUAUGUAACUCCUGAUAAUUUGAGUACCAAAACUGAUGUCUUUAGUUUUGGGAUAUUGCUUCUUGAGAUUAUUAGUGGGAGGAAGGCCAUUGAUGUUGCCUAUUCGCCCCCUUCGAUUGUGGAUUGGGCUAUACCCUUGAUUAGGAGGGGGAAACUGCUGUCUGUGUAUGAUCCUAGGGUUGUGCCACCCAAGGACGCCUCCACAUUGGCCGUGGUGGCUGCCAAAUGUGUGAGGUCUUGUAGGGAGAGGAGGCCCUCGAUGAAGGAGGUGGUUCAGUGUUUGAGCGAGUUGAGUAGAUUAGUCCCACUCCAUUCCUGGAAUGGCAUUGCUAAUCCUUGUUUGAUGGUGGAUACUGUUGGUAAGCCGGUGCAAACACCAUCAAGAAAUGAUCGGGUGACUUCCAAGGGUGGUGUUGAUGAAUUUGGAACGCCGUUGUCAACCCCACGGAGAGUGCACUCGGACUUGGGGGUCCGGAGCAAUUUGAUGGAAUUGAUGUCCGGGCCUGGUGGCGAGUCUAGGUUUCUUGUUGAGGAGGAUGGUGAAUCUAAGCCCGGAUCCAAGAAAAGAGUGUCGAGUUUGAGGUUUGAAAGUGGUAGGUUCGUAGGGAGGAGUAGUCUUCGCUCAAUGGUUCUUGGCAACGAUAGAGAUGCCAUACAUUCCAUAAUGGCAAAUCAGUGAACUGCAAACAUAAGAAGAAGAAGUAGAGCCGAUUGAAAACUGAGCAAAGCUCGGGGAUGUAAGUUUUCUCUAGCAUCUCCAUAUUGUUGUAGAUUGUAGAUGGCAUUUGAUUGAAUAGCUUUGUGUUUACAAUUAUAAAUUCAAGUGUAUAUCCUGGUGCACCACUGGUGCAUUAGCCGUGAGUGAUGUUCAUUAUUUGCUGCUGAUGAUGAAUAAUUUUCUGUGUUUGUAUCA